GAAUGACGAGUUUAUAGUUUCAACUGAGAGACUGCUGUGAUUGGAUACAAACUGAGAGGCUACGGCUGCUGUGAUUGGGCGCGGAGUUUUGAAGCAGGGAGAGAUUGGAGACGAGAGAGUAAUUGUUGGUAUAAAACAGGUAGGAUAUAUAAUACAGUUUUAUUUAUUUUUUUUUACCACAGAAUCUAAUGUUGAAUUGUUAUGGUGACAUUGUAGUAUUUAUUUUUUACUACAGUAUUUAACUAUACAAAAAACGAUUGGUAUUUAAUGUGUAUCCUAAAAUAUUCUCUUGAGAAAGAAUAUUGUAUAAUAUCAAAAACUACAAUAACAUACAUAUAUCAGAUCUAUUAGACUAUUAUAAAAGACAAUAAAUAAUACAAUGUCACCAUAACAAUCCAACUUAUUAGAUUCUGAGGUCAAAAAUGAACUGGUAUUUGCAUAAUUAGCUAGUCUCCCUGACUUGUUAAAUGCCGUCAAUACUCUCCCUCCCUGCCUCAAAACGCACCCAGUCUGUAGCGUCUCGGUUUGUAUCCAGUCUAAGUGAAACCACACCAUCGUCACUACCCCAUUUUUAUUGGGGCGUGUCUCUUCAGGAAUACGGAAUGGAGCAGAAGGUUGAAGCUGUUUAUAACUACCUGCAAAAAAAAGAUUACCCAAAUCAUUUUACGAAAUAUCAACGGCAAAAUCUCAGGCGUCUCGCUUCUAGUUAUUCUUUAGAAGAAAACACGUUAUACCAUUAUACCAAGGGUGUGAAACAGAGGGUGGUGAGAACCAUCUCCGAGGCCUUAGAUUUAUUCAGAGAAUUCCACGACUCUGGAGGCCACAGUGGAAUUAAAAAAACAAGACAUGCUUUCACAUCAAGAUUUUACUGGCCAGGAAUGUCAAAAGACAUUGAAGACUGGAUUUCAAAGUGCGAUAAAUGCCAGAAAGUGGGGAAGUUACUCCACGUUGAUACCCAGUUACAGAACGUCAAGAGCCCCCUUUCGGGCAUUGGACCCGUCCUCCCUGUCCUCUCAGUGGGCCUGGCUGUGGACACAGGUUUGUUACAGAAGAGAAUAUCAUCACCCAAAAGUAAAGAAACAGAAGCAGAGGCAGCAGCAAUGUCACGGGUAGUUAUAAAACAAGAAUCAGCCCCCCUGUCACCAGGUCCAGUCACAACAAUUCCCCCAGGAACAGCAGAGCUGUCGCUCGAGGGGCCCAGCACAUCGGAAGACACUGCAGUGAGGUGUUUUACUGGAAGAACAGAUGGAAGCAGAGAGAUUCAGUUCCUAAGCAAUAUAGAACAAGACGAAAUGAUUAACAGGGGGAUUACAGACCCUGAGUCACCUCCUGCAUACUGGUACAAGAGAAACCCCAAAACCCCACCGCAUUCCUGGGUAAAUGAGCCCAACCAGGGUCAACCAAAUCCAGAGAGCUACAGGAUCUGUCAUCAAGCUCACCCAGUCACCGAGGAGCAGCGUUUGUCAACGCCUCUGGUGUCCGAGAUUGACAUUCGGGAAGGCCAGCAAAGGCAGCUGCAAGAGAUCCAGGCUGUGAGGACCGAACUAGGCCAGCUGUGAAGCGUCGUCGAUGAUCGACUGAAGGAGCUGACCUCCAGUGUCUUGGAAGUAGCUAAUGUAUUACGCCAGCUCAUUCCCACCACUGCCCAGCAGGCUUGCCCAGCAAAGAAAGGGGAACUCCCAUGUGUGCGUUGCUUUCUUGACAGGGGGGUGCCUCCUGAGCAGCAGGGAUGGGUCCAAGUGUCUUUCCCAGGCACAGAGGAGACAUCUGCCCAGGGAAAUGGAGAGAGAGCAAGAAUCGCCACCACUCUACCAGUACCAGAAAUUAACAGGUUUACUGGAUCGUCUUCUAAGAAAAUUAAAAGAGAAACUUAAAUACUGUUUCAGAAUUGAGCCUACCCUAACCUUUUUAUGUAUUUAUUUUUGUUUAUUUGUUUUUAUGUAUUGUUUUCAUGACCCUGAAACUCAGUAUAUAAUGUAAUAUAUAUUUUAUGAUUUAUUCAAAAUGGAUAUUUAUGUUUUUAAAAGGCAACUUUACAAAAGUUUAUUGAAGCAGUAUACUUUUAUGGUUUUUCCUGUAUUAUAGUGAUAUGUCUUUUGUUGUAGAAUGUAAUAUUGUACAUUUAAAUACAUAACCUUUGUAAGUUAUUGUUGAAUAGAAUGACUAUCUCUUAGUUUCCUUUAAGAUUUUGUCUGCGUCAAUGGGGUUGAUUUUGUUAAUUGAAUGAAUUAUUUUGGCCCUGAUGAAUGUAAAAUGAAACAAGUUACUGGGUGUAACAGAAGUGUUGUGUAGCCUACAAUGUGCCAGAUAUUUCAAUUAGAAAUAUCGCUAGUGUCUCUCCUCUCAUAAGCAUUGUUCCUAAAAUAAAAAAAAAAGAACCUGACAAUGCUGACAGUUAUCAACAUGUUCGUUAGACAUUAAAGUGUUACACCAGUAGGUGGCAGUCUAACCU